AUGGCGCUCUCGAACCCCGCCUCAGGUACCGCGUUGUCAGUGACCUCGACACCCGACGCCGACCUCGCCAGCGCACUCGAUAUGCUCGCGAUGCAAAACCGCUCCAUCCCGACACCCAGCAAAUGCCACAUUGACAGAUGCGCCACCGAGAUUAUGAUACAAGUGGCUGAGAGCCUAGACUACAAGGGUCUAUGUUCUUUGGCGCGCGCCUCGAAGCGCUACACAGAGGUUGCGCAGGAUGUCCUCUACCGCUUUGUCGACCUUCGUCCAGAGGACCAAGAUUCAGAAUAUUUAGAGGGUUCAGAUGACGAGUCCACAUUCGACCGUCCCACCAAGUCUGCUCUCGCCGUGUUUCUCUGGACCAUCAAACAAAAGCCUCACCUGGCUACCAAAGUUCAGGACUUAUGGUUCCUGCCGCGUUCGUUACCUGUCGAGUAUCCACAGCUUAUGUAUUCCGGCGUGUCGCCCGUCUCUCUAAUGGUCAAGCCCGGAAGCUAUGUAAUCGAAGUGGAUGAGAAGAACCUCGCUUGCGAUCUUCUGGCUCGCCUCACCGAGUUGCGUUCUUUGACCAUCACCGCUCUGGACGAAUACACCUGCAACACCGAAUUGGACUAUCCUGAUGGCUAUGGCCAAUUUUACCGGAAAGGUGAAAUCAACAAGAAUGUCUUCGGAAGAUUCCCGAUUCCCGUAGAAAAUCUCGUGCGUCUACCCUGCUUUUCGAAGCUUACAUCUAUCUACCUCUCUCAUGGUUACCUGGACUGGUCGGUCGUUACAUUACCUACAUUACAUGCCCUGUGCAUAGGAAUCCGGGCAAGAUUGGAGACACCGUCACAGUACGCCGAAGCCCCCAAUAUCACAUCUCUCACAGUAGGAGCUGGAAACGAAGCUCAAGACGUCGAUUUCCGGGGAGCUCACAAGUUCCAGCGACCUGCAGGUUCCAGCCCGUCUCAGCUGUUACCUCGUGGUAUUCGAACUCUAGUCAUCACCCACCCUAGGUCUCCAGGGCCAGAUGACGGGGACUGCAAGUCCAAGCUCACAAGCUGGUUAGGAGAGCUGACGAAGACCGACUUUCCAGACCUAGAGCGAGUUGAGGUUGUGUGUUCGGUCGGAUAUGGCGAUGGUGUGGGUUUCAAGCAGCGUCUUGAGCAGUCUGCAGAAGUUCGCUUCCUCGAGACUAUCGGUGUGGCAGUGGUGGUCAGGAAGGAGUGA